AUGGACACAAUUCAUAAAUCAAAUUCAAAACGAACUGGGAACAUUUUAUUGGCAAAAAAUAAGGAAAUUUAUGAUAUCGGUGAUGAUGCAGAUUCUGAUUUGAAUAGUGAAUAUGAUCUUAUUGUUACUGAAUCUGAUGAUACAUCCACUAAUGAGCAUAUAUCAGAAGAAUCUGAUUCAUCAAAUUCAGAUAUUGAUCAAAGUGACAUUCCCAUAGAUAUUCAACCAGAAACAUUACAGAAAGUCGGUGUUACAUGGUCUAAACAUUCAGUUCUAGUAAAAGAUCGAAUAUCUGCAGCUAAUAUAAUGAAACAGAAACCAGGUGCUAUUACUACAAUCCUUGAUGAAAUUAUUCUUCAUACAAAUCACUACGCUGAACGAUAUUUUUAUCAAACUCAAAGAUUACGACAAGGUUCUAAUACUAUGAAAUUCAAUUCACUUCAAUGGAAACCAUUAGAUCGUAUUGAAUUAGAAUCUUUUAUUGGUUUACUAAAUGAUACUUUAAUGCUGUUAUGA